AUGUGUUUGUCAGCCUUAGAGGCUUUGCUGCCAGACCCUGCUUUCUCAGCUGUGAUUCACGACAAACUCCAGGUCCCCAACACUAUCCGGAAGGCAUGGAAUGACCGGGACAACCGCUGUGACAUUUGUGCCACACACCUGAACCAGCUGAAGCAGGAGGCCAUUCAGAUGGUGGUGACCUUGGAGCAGGCAGCAGGCAGUGAGCACUAUGAUGCUUCGCCUGGCUCACCCCCACCGCUCUCCACCAUCCCUGCCCUGGUGGGGUCCCGGCAUGUGGGUGGGCUCCAGCAGCCCAGGGACUGGGCCUUUGUGCCUGCCCCCUAUGCCACCUCCAACUACACAGGCUUCGUCAACAAGCAUAGCAGCAAACCCAACAGCCUUGGGGUCAGCAAUGGAGCCGAAAAGAAGAGUGGGUCCCCAACCCAUCAGGCCAAGGUCAGCCUCCAGAUGGCCACCAGUCCCAGCAAUGGGAACAUCCUCAAUUCAGUGGCCAUCCAGGCUCACCAAUACCUGGAUGGUAGCUGGUCCCUGUCAAGAACCAAUGGGGUCACCCUGUACCCGUACCAGAUCUCCCAGCUGAUGACAGAGAGUGGCCGGGAGGGACUGACAGAAGCAGCGCUGAACCGCUACAAUGCAGACAAGCCUUCGGCCUGCAGCGUCCCGGCCUCGCAGGGCUCCUGCGUGGCCAGCGAGACUUCCACAGGCACCUCGGUGGCCGCCUCCUUCUUCGCACGAGCUGCCCAGAAAUUGAAUCUGUCUUCUAAGAAGAAGAAACAUCGACCUUCUACUUCCGUGGCUGAGCCACCCCUCUUUGCCACUAGCUUCAGUGGGAUUCUGCAGACCUCUCCUCCCCCAGCCCCACCCUGUCUGCUAAGGGCAGUCAACAAAGUGAAGGACACCCCAGGCCUGGGCAAGGUGAAAGUCAUGCUUCGCAUUUGUUCCACCCUGGCCCGCGAUACCUCAGAAUCCAGCUCUUUUUUGAAGGUGGACCCACGGAAGAAGCAAAUCACUUUGUAUGAUCCCCUGUCUUGUGGAGGUCAAAAUGCCUUCCCAAAGAGAGGCAACCAGGUUCCUCCGAAGAUGUUUGCCUUUGAUGCAGUUUUUCCACAAGAUGCUUCUCAGGCUGAAGUAUGUGCUGGGACCGUGGCAGAGGUGAUCCAGUCCGUGGUCAAUGGGGCAGAUGGCUGUGUAUUCUGUUUCGGCCACACCAAGCUGGGAAAAUCCUAUACCAUGAUUGGAAGAGACGAUUCCAUGCAGAACCUUGGCAUCAUUCCCUGUGCCAUCUCUUGGCUCUUCAAGCUGAUAAACGAACGGAAAGAAAAGACCGGUGCCCGUUUCUCAGUCCGCAUCUCAGCCGUGGAGGUGUGGGGGAAGGAAGAGAACCUUCGGGACCUGCUGUCGGAGGUGGCCACGGGCAGCCUGCAGGACGGCCAGUCCCCAGGCGUGUACCUCUGUGAGGACCCCAUUUGCGGCACACAGCUGCAGAACCAGAGCGAGCUGCGGGCCCCCACCGCAGAGAAGGCCGCCUUCUUCCUGGAUGCUGCCAUUGCCUCCCGCCGGAGCCACCAGCAGGACUGCGACGAGGACGACCACCGCAACUCACACAUGUUCUUCACGCUGCACAUCUACCAGUACCGGAUGGAGAAAAGCGGGAAAGGGGGAAUGUCUGGAGGUCGCAGCCGCCUGCAUCUCAUUGAUCUCGGCAGCUGUGUGAAAGCUCUUAGCAAGAAUCGGGAAGGAGGCUCAGGGGUGUGCCUCUCACUGUCUGCUCUGGGCAAUGUCAUCCUGGCUCUCGUCAAUGGCAGCAAACACAUUCCAUACAAAGAGAGCAAACUCACCAUGCUGCUGCGGGAAUCUCUGGGGAACAUGAACUGUCGCACCACCAUGAUCGCUCACAUUUCGGCCGUGGCCGGGAACUACGCAGAGACCCUGUCCACGAUCCAGAUCGCAUCGAGAGUCUUGAGGAUGAAGAAGAAGAAGACAAAGUACACCUCCAGCUCCUCUGGGGGAGAAAGCUCCUGUGAAGAAGGCAGAAUGCGCCGGCCCACCCAGCUGCGACCCUUCCACACCAGGGCCACAGUGGACCCUGACUUCCCGAUCGCCCACCUGUCCAGCGAUCCUGACUACUCCUCCAGCAGCGAGCAGUCCUGCGACACCGUCAUCUACAUUGGGCCGAACGGCACAGCCCUCUCAGACAAGGAGCUCACCGACAACGAGGGUCCCCCAGACUUUGUCCCUAUUGUGCCAGCCCUGCAGAAGACCAGGGGCGACAGCCGGCCCGGAGAGGCAGGAGAGGCCGCAGCCAGCAAAUCAGAAAGGGACUGCUUGAAGUGUAACACAUUCGCCGAGCUGCAAGAGCGACUAGACUGCAUCGAUGGCAGCGAGGAGCCCAGUAAGUUUCCCUUUGAAGAACUGCCUGUCCAGUUUGGGGCAGAGCAGGCAAGGAGAGGCCCCCCGUCAAGCCAGGCUGCUGGGGCAAACUCACGCUCAGAGUCUGAUAAGGAAGACAACGGGUCUGAUGGGCAGCUGACUGACAGAGAAGGCUCUGACCCCCCGGCCCCGAAGGUACAGCGGAAUCACUCACCCGUGCCUGCCGCCGCACCCGCCCACAGCCCCAGCCCUGCCUCACCCCGGAGCAUCCCAGGCGGCAGCAGCCAGCACCGCACUUCCCAGCUGGUGCAGAGCCCCAGCCUCCAGAGCAGCCGGGAGAGCCUGAACUCCUGCGGCUUUGUGGACGGCAAGCCCAGGCCCAUGGGCUCCCCCAGGCUGGGCAUCGCCAGCCUGUCCAAGACCUCGGAGUACAAACCACCCAGCUCUCCUUCCCAGAGAUGCAAAGUCUACACCCAGAAGGGGGUCCUGCCAGCUCCCACCCCUUGUGCCCCCUUGAGCAAGGACUCUGGCGUGGCAUCCAGCGAGUCCUUGCUGCAGCCUGAGGUACGCACCCCCCCAGUUGGAAUGAGCCCCCAGGUUAUGAAGAAAUCCAUGUCUGCUGGGAGCGAAGGGUUCCCAGAAACCCCCGUGGAGGACGAGCCUCAGGCAGCAACUCCUCCAGAUGCCAAGAAAGAGAUCCUGAGCACCACCAUGGUGACAGUGCAGCAGCCCCUGGAGCUGAACGGCGAGGACGAGCUGGUGUUCACGCUGGUGGAGGAGCUGACCAUCAGCGGCGUGCUGGACAGCGGCCGCCCCACCAGCAUCAUCAGCUUCAACAGCGACUGCUCCGUGCAGGCCUUGGCUUCAGGUUCCCGGCCCGUCAGCAUCAUCAGCAGCAUCAGUGAGGACCUGGAGUGCUAUUCCAGCAUGGCCCCCGUCUCCGAGGUCAGCAUCACGCAGUUCUUGCCCCUCCCGAAGCUGAGCCUGGAGGAGAAGGCCCGGGAGGCAGGGAGCAGGCGCUCCUCCAUCAGCUCCUGGCUGAGCGAGAUGAGCGCUGGCAGUGACGGCGAGCAGUCGUGCCACAGCUUCAUAGCCCAGACAUGUUUUGGGCACGGGGAAGCAAUGGCGGACCCUCCGGCCCCGGAGUUUGUCGGCGGCAUCCAGAACACCUCCGUGGUGUGCAGAGAGAAGCCCAAGACGGGCCCCGACAACCUGCUCAUCUUGUCCGAGGUGGGGGAAGAUGCUUUCAGCAAAGCAACCCCCAUCAAAGGCUGCAAGAUAUCCACGCUGGGCAAGGCCAUGGUCACGAUCUCCAACACCGCGAACCUGAGCAGCUGCGAAGGGUACAUCCCCAUGAAGACCAACAUCACAGUUUACCCCUGCAUCGCCAUGAGCCCCCGGAAUGUCCAAGAGCCCGAGGCGUCCACUGCGGCCCCCAAAGCAGCCCCCAGAGCGGCCCAGACCCAGGAGGGUAAGGAAGUCAGUGCGAAGAAAGAGAUGAAAUUUGGGGACCCCUGGCUGAAACGGGAAGAGGAGGUGAAAAAAGAGAAUGCUUAUCCCAACGAAGAAGGGGUUAGGCGUGAGACUGCCACUGGCCCCACAAAGGCCGAGGCCAGACCGGAGCAGGAACAGGACAGAAAGCCCAGCCCAGGUGACAGGCUCAGCAGCAGCAGCGGGGAGGUGUCCGCCUCCCCGGUGACCGACAGCUUCAGGAGGGUUGUGGACGGGUGUGAGAUGGCCCUGCCCGGCUUGGCCCCCCUGAGCCCCGUGCACCCCCACAGGGCCGUGAAGUCCAGCAGCCUCCCCAGGGCGUUUCAGAAGGCCAGCAGGCAGGAGGACCCGGACGGCCUCUUCUACCACUGUGCUGCCGAGACCAACGGGGUGGGCACCCCGCCCUCAAAGGCCACACUGGAGAGGAAGGUGGCGUCCCCCAAGCACGGCGUCCUGGCUCGGCCCAAAGGGACUCCGCCGCUGCCCCCUGUCCGCAAGUCCAGCCUGGACCAGAAGAACCGGGCCAGCCCACAGCACAGCGCCAGCAGCAGCGGCACCAGCAGCCCCUCGAACCAGCCGGCCGCCUUCCUGGCCAGCUUCGCGGACGAGCCCAGCGGCAAGACGAAGGACUCCAGCAGCAGCAGCAGCAGCAGCAAGCUCUUCAGCGCCAAGCUGGAGCAGCUGGCCAGCAGGACCAACUCCCUCGGCAGGACCACGGUCAGCCACUACGAGUGCCUCUCCCUGGAGAGGGUGCCAGCAGCAUGUCUGGAAUUAAAAGAUGGAGGCCUGGUGAAGUGGGGCCUCCCCUUUCCUGCAGCUCCAGCAGAUGCCCCAGAAACUGCCCAGGAGGCUUUUUCUCUCAGUCAUGAGAAAUCCUCCUCAAGGGAGUAUGCAGUCAUGCAGAUGCCGUUUUACGAUGUAGACAUCCCCAUCCCAUCCACUCACCCCACGGAACUCAGUUGUUCUCAGAGACGGAGGCUCAUCCCAGCACUGUCUCUCGAUACCUCCUCCCCCGUGAGAAAACCUGCCAACAGCUCUGGGGUCCGCUGGGUGGAUGGCCCCUUGCGGAGCACCCAGAGGGGCCUCGGGGAACCCUUUGAGAUUAAAGUCUAUGAAAUCGAUGACGUGGAGCGCCUGCAGCGGCGACGAGGAGGCACCAGCAAGGAGGUCAUGUGCUUCAAUGCAAAACUGAAAAUUCUGGAGCAUCGCCAGCAGAGGAUUGCUGAGGUCCGAGCCAAGUAUGAGUGGCUGAUGAAGGAGCUGGAGACGACCAAACAGUAUCUGAUGCUGGAUCCCAACAAAUGGCUCAGUGAAUUUGACUUGGAGCAGGUUUUGGAGCUGGAUUCCCUGGAGUACCUGGAGGCGCUGGAGUGUGUGACGGAACGCCUGGAGAGCCGCGUCAACUUCUGCAAGGCCCAUCUCAUGAUGAUCACCUGCUUUGACAUCACCUCCAGGCGCCGAUAGAAAGCUGGACUCCUGUCCUAGCAGUCCCCUCGCUCCCUAGGACUUCACGGAGACGUCACCUGCCCCCAGGCCCUCUGUGCUGGUGGCAAAGACAAUGAAUGAGGAUGAAGGUUGGUGGCAAGUCUGGAGUGAGCGUUGAGCGGAAGGCGAAGUUUUCUUUUGUUUUCUAUAGGAAAGGUGCAAACGCCAAACACCCAUGGAAGGAGAAAAUGAUGGCCCAAGGGAUGUUGAAGCCCCGCGAGACUGAAAAAGCACUUUGAGGAACUUUAAAGACCUUGUUUGUACAUAAGAACUGCUAGCAAAAGACACCUCACUCUUCUCUUGCUUUAGUGAGAAAGGGGGAGGGUGGACAUAGGAUUGCUGUGGAAAGAGAACGUAAAACAACAAAAAAUGACCCAGAACGACUAAGUGCCUUGCAAAUCUUUAUUAUUAUCCAAACAUUUAUGUUCAUACUUUCUUGUGUACAGAUGGUGCUAGUCAAGAUGAAAACUACAAAACAAAAAAGAAAAACACAUUUUUGAAAUGUA